GAGAGAGAGAGAGAGGACAUGGCGGUGACGGCACCAAAGGUUGAUGAGUUUCAGCCACAUCCGGUGAAGGACCAGCUACCCGGCAUUGAUUACUGUGUUUCCAGCUCUCCUCCAUUGGCUGAGGCCAUCAUCUUGGGAUUCCAGCACUAUUUGGUGAUGCUUGGAACUACUAUUAUUAUUUCAGGCAUCGUUGUUCCAACAAUGGGCGGUGGCAAUGGGGAGAAGGCUGAAGUGGUACAGACUUUACUCUUUGUAGCAGGAUUAAACACCCUGCUGCAGACUUGGUUCGGCACCUGUCUCCCUGUAGUUAUGGGCGGUUCAUUUGCAUUUGUUCUUCCUGCAGUAUCCAUUGCUCUAUCCAGUAAAUAUAGCAUAUAUGUAGAUCCUCAUCAGAGGUUUAUACAAACAAUGAGGGGGAUACAAGGGGCACUCCUAAUUGCAUCAAUUUUUCAGAUAGCUAUUGGUUUCUUGGGAUUCUGGAGGAAUGUCAUUAGCUUCCUGAGCCCUCUUUCUGCUGUUCCUAUUGUAACUCUUACUGGACUUGGGCUCUACCGGUAUGGUUUCCCACUGCUGGCAGAAUGCAUUGAGGUUGGCCUUCCAGAGUUAAUAUUGCUGGUUUUUAUCGCUCUGUAUCUGCCUCAUUUAGUAAAAUCCAAAUGGCCCAUAUUUGUUCGUUUUGCGGUCCUGUUUUCGGUUGCUAUCAUAUGGGCAUAUGCAAUCAUAUUGACUUCAGCUGGUGCAUAUGAUAGAAGGCCUCCAAACACUCAAACUAGCUGUCGCACUGAUCGAUCUGGGUUAAUUAGUGCCGUUCCUUGGAUAAGGAUUCCAUAUCCAUUUCGAUGGGGGGCUCCCAGUUUCAGUGCUGGUGAUAUUUUUGUCAUGGUCGCUGCUUCAUUUGUCGCUCUUAUUGAGUCUGCGGGUACAUUUAUUGCAGUGUCAAGAUUUGGGAGUGCCACCCCUACACCACCUUCUGUCCUUAGUCGUGGAGCUGGAUGGCAGGGAAUAGCCAUUUUGCUGGAUGGCAUGUUUGGAUCAAUAGGUGGCUCCACUGCAUCAGUUGAAAAUGCGGGUCUUUUGGCAUUGACACGGGUUGGAAGUCGAAGAGCCAUUCAAAUAUCAGCAGGGUUUAUGCUCUUCUUCUCAGUAUUAGGUAAAUUUGGAGCUGUUUUUGCUUCUAUACCUUUGCCAAUUGUUGGAGCCCUUUUCUGCGUCUUGUUUGCUUAUGUGGCUUCGGCAGGCCUCAGUCUCCUGCAGUUUUGCAACUUGAACAGCUUCAGGACAAAAUUUAUACUAGGCUUUUCCCUAUUCAUGGGUCUAUCAGUCCCACAGUACUUCCAUGAAUAUUUGCUUCUUUCUGGUCGCGGUCCUCUGCACACUGGAUCCACGUCGUUCAACAAUAUAGUGCAAGUAAUCUUUUCAUCCCCAGCAACAGUGGCAGCUAUUGUUGCAACUUUCUUGGACUGCACACUUGGCCUUGGGCACAGCUCGAUUUGGCAAGACUCAGGCAGGCAUUGGUGGGUAAGGUUCAGGUUCUUCAAUGUGGAUACAAGAACUGCAGAAUUUUAUUCUCUUCCUUACAACCUUAAUAGGUACUUCCCACCCUUGUAAUCUUGAUUCAACCCU